GACCAGCUGGCCAACCUGCGCAGCCUUGUGGUGCAGGACACGCAGGUGAGCGUGCUGCCGCGCAUGCACGCCCUGUCCCGCCUGGAGGUGCUGAAGGUGGAGGGGUCGCGCGUGGCCAGCAUCCCCUCCUCCGCCUUCAAGUUCAUGCCCAACAUGAAGAAGGUGCACAUCACGAGGUCCCGCCUGCGCCGCCUGGAGGCCAACGCGCUGGAGGGCCUGGUGUACCUGAAGGAGGUGAACCUGUCAGGCAACGCCAUCGAGUGGGUGCACCCCAACGCCUUUCGCACCCUGGCCUCCGUCAGGCUGCUGGACCUGUCGGGCAACAGGCUGCAGGAGGCGGCCUCCGUGGUGGCGGCGGUGCGGGAGGUGCGGGAGCUGCGGCGCCUCAGCCUGAGUCACAACGGCCUGACGCGUGUAUCCCGCGGCGCCUUCGUGGACUUGGCGGCGCUGGAGGCCCUGGACCUGUCCCACAACGCCAUCAGCAGGCUGGAUGGCGGAGCCUUCCUGCACCUGCCCGCCCUCAGACACCUGGAUCUGAGCGGCAACCUGUUGCAGGUCAUGGAGGUCCAGGCCUUCCCACAGCCCCUGCCGCUGCGCCACCUGGCCCUGGCCGCCAACAACCUGACGGAGGUGCCCGGCCUGCGCCGCCUGGCCUGCAUCAUGCCACACCUGCGCAGCCUGGAUCUGGCCCACAACCAGCUGGCCCGCGCUCCCCGGGACAUGUUUGCAGGCCACGCCGCCCUAGAGGCCCUCAGGCUGGACCACAACCUGCUGGCGGUGCUGCAGGCCGGCACCUUCCGCGACCUGCCCAGCCUGCGGGAGUUGCAGCUCAGCCACAACCAGUUGCAGGCUGCCGGCGGCGAGGAGGGCCCGGCAUGGGAGCUGCCCAGCUUGCAGCAGCUGGACCUGUCCCACAAUGAUCUGCAGGAGGUGGGGCGCGGCCUGCUGGCGGGCCUGCCCAGCCUGGACGCCCUGGACCUCAGCUUCAAUCUGAUCGGUGCGGUGCACAGCGACGCCUUCGCGGCCUGCCCCGACCUGCGCCACCUCAACCUCUCCUACAACAGCCUGUCCGCUCUGCCUGACGGCCUGCUGGCGGGCCUGCCGCGCCUCGAGGUGCUGGGCCUGGCUUUCAACCAGCUCACCACGCUGGGGGGCGGCGCGCUGCGGGGGGCGGUGCGCCUGCGCUUCCUGCACCUGCACCACAACAAUCUGAUGGGCCUGCAGCAGGACGCCUUCGCCAACACCUCCGCGCUGCAUCUGCUGGACCUGUCCUCCAACCUGCUGCAGGACGUGCCGCCCGGCGUGCUGUCCCCGCUGCGCAGCCUGCAAGUGCUCAGCCUGCGCCGCAACACCAUCAGCCGCCUCAAGAAGCACUAUCUGCGCGGCCUGCACGCCCUACACACGCUGGACCUGUCCCACAACCACCUGCAGGAGGUGUCCCCCGCCGCGCUGCAGGACCUGGCGGGCCUGCUGGACCUGGACCUCAGUGUGAACUACCUGCAGGUGCUGCACCCCCGCCUGCUGGGGGGCGCCGCAGGUCUGCAGCGCCUCAACGCCAGCCACAACUACAUCACGGACCUGGGGGAGCGCAGCCUGCAGGCUGCCCCCAGCCUGCGCGUGCUGGACCUCACCAACAACUCCCUGACGGAGGUGGGGCAGGCCCUACGCGACCUGCCGCACCUGCAGGGCCUGUACCUGGCCGACAACUACCUGACGGCGCUGGCUAACCACACCUUCGCCGGCCUGCCCUCCCUCACCGUCCUGCGCCUGGACAACAACGGCAUCCAGACAUUCCAGGCCGCCACCUUCCGCGACCUGCCGGACCUGCUGACGCUGGACAUGUCCCGCAACAACCUGGUGGAGCUGCCGCCCGACGCCUUCCGUUCCCUGCGCGCCGUGGAGGACCUGCGCCUCGCCCACAACCAGAUCUCCAUCGUCAAGGACUUCGCCUUCACCAACCUUCCCGGCCUGCUCACCCUGCAGCUGCAGGACAACCUCAUCGCGGAGAUCGGCGCCCAUGCCUUCCACAGCCUGCCCGCCCUGCAGUUCCUCAACCUCAGCACCAACAGCCUGCCUGCAGUCCCCGAAGACGCUCUCGCGCGCCUGCCCGGCCUGCACGUGCUGGACCUGAGCGCCAACCUGCUGCGCACCAUCAGCGACGUGAGCCUGCACCGCCUGCAGUGGCUCUCCGUGCUGCUGCUCCACCACAACACCCUCUGCCACCUCUCCGUCGGCGCCUUCAGCAGACAGCGGUCCCUGCGAGUGCUCACCCUUCAGGGCAACCACCUGCGGCGCCUCCAUCUGCAGGCACUCGGCCCCGCCCUUUCCUCCCUCUCCCUGCUGGACAUGAGUGACAACCCGUUCCAGUGUGACUGCGAGCUGGUGUGGCUGAAGGAACACCUGGAGGAGGCGCCGCAGGGGGAGAGGGGGCCGCGCGCUCCCUUCCUGGGCGAGGCUUUGCGCAGUGUGCCUGUCUGCGCCGCGCCUCUCAAAUACCAGGGGCGCCCCAUCACGCAGGUCCCCGCCAGCGCCUUCCUGUGUGACGGAGAUGAACUUGAGGAGGAGAAGAAGGAGGAGGAGGAGAAGGAGGCUUGUGAGGCUGGGAGGUACUUGCACCCUCUGCUGAAUGAAGGUAACCUAUUUAACCUGACGGAGGGGAUUGAGGGGGGCGGGGGGGCGGCCUUCCUGGACUACAACGACCCCAUUCACCUGGACGCGCCCCCUCCUCUCUCCACCCCCACCACCCCGCCCCCCUCCAUCGUGCCCCCGCCCCCACCGACCUCAACGUCUCCUGUAGUAGAGGCAGCAGCAGCAACAGCAGGAGCAGGGGUGGUCAGCCUCCCCCCGCCACGAAAACAGGGCGGGCUGCACACCACCCCAGGGGACACACCGACGAUCUACGCUGGGGGGUCGUCAGGGGUCACCGCCGCGGACCCUCAGGAGAGCGGUGGGGGCCUCCUGUCUGGCCUGGCCCUGUCCUCCCUCCCCUCCCUGCCCUCCCUGCUGGAAUCCGUGGUGGGUCUAGCUAACCUGGGGCUCAACGUGAACCUGGGGGGCGGGUUCCCUAGCCUGGGGGGGUUCGUGGGGCGACAGGACGGUGGGGGUGUGUCUGGGGGGGCGGUGUCUAAGCUGGGUACCCCCGGGGAGGGAAAACCCAUGAGGGGGCCAGAUGCCAAUGACCCGGUGUGGGUUGACGGCCCCCCAGAGCCACACCCCUUCUUCCCCGCACCCCCAAGGCCCCUCGGUGGUGACCUAGUGGCUCCCGGCCCACUCAGCCCAGCAAGAGGGCCCGCCCCAGCCCCAGACGCCCCUGAGGGAGCUGCCGCCCCCCGCCCCGGCCUAGUGGUGUCCGUGGGCCGCCCCAAUGUCUGGGGCACGCGUCCCUCCCGCCCCAAGGCUUCCCCCCGUCCCCUGCUCCCCCCAGUCAUGCACCCCGGCCCAGGCCCCAGCUCAGGCACGCCCUUCCUCCCAGGGAGACCCCAGGGGGAGGGGAGUCACGUCCCCCAAGGACCUAUAAUACUGCACCAGGCCUCCCAGCACCCGCCUGCACCUCACCACCACCACCACCACCACCACCACCCCCAGCAUCUCACCCCACAGCCUGACGCCUCUGAGACCCACCCACAUCCCCACCCUCCCCCAGGCACCCCCAGCUCCCCCCAACACCACCACCCGGUACUCGUGACCCCCCUGGCAGAAGGAGGAGUGGGGGAGGCGGCGCACACCCCCCAGUGGUCCCCCCCAGAGAUGCUGCACCCUGACUCGGGGGUGUCCCUGUACCAGCCUGAGGAGGUCUUCCUGCCCUACGAGCCCCCAGACCCCCAUCACCCCAUCACGGUCAUCGACGCCCCCCACCUGAGCCCCCAGGAGGCACACCCCAGCCACGGCACACCCCAGAUUACACCCCAGAUUACGCACCUCACCUCCUCUCCCCAGACCACACAGCAGCAUGUACACCCCAGUCACAGCGCACAGCAGGAUACACACCCCAGCCACACCACACCCCAGCUAGCACCCCAAAAUACACACCCCAGUCACAGCACACCCCAGGAUAAGCACCCCAGCCACACCACACCCCAGCUAGCACCCCAAAAUACACACCCCAGUCACAGCGCACCCCAGGAUACACACCACACCCUCAGUACACCCCAGCUGGCACCCCAACAAGAACACCCCACCUCCUUCCCACAGUUCACACACCCCAGCUCCCCUCCCCAGCCCACACCCCAGCAGGCUCACCCCAGUACCCCCCAAGGACCCCUCAAUGGUGACCUCGCCCCCGCCGCUACCCAUGUUUCAGGGGGCGGCACUCUCCCCCGCCCCCCAGCCCACCUCCUCCGUCUGGGGUGCCCUCCCUCCCCCUCUCCACUGGUGUUGGGGUGACGUGGCCCCCGGUACUCACCCCCACCACCUCCACCCCCACUAACACCCCCAACCCACUCCUCUUACCCACCCCUGCUUCCUCCUCCUCCUCCUCCUCCUCCUCCUCCUUUGAUCUAGUGGAGGUGGUGGAGGAGGUGGAGGAGGUGGAGGAGAAGGACCUCCCCCACACCCCCUUCCUCACCCCCUCCUUACCUCCCCACCCCCCAAAGGACAUCCAUUCAGAUCUGCCCCACCACAACCACCACCACCACCACCUUCAGGACACCACCACCACCACCACCACCACCACUACUACUACUACUACUACUACUCCUACACCUUCACCACCACCACAACCACUACCAUUAGACAGA